AUUAUAGACAUUGGCGCUGGUAACGAGGUAAUGUUUUUCUGGCAGUACUGCGAGGUGGAUAACGAACCAUCCGACCCGACGUGCAGCUCCUACCCUUGACAAGCGACGGCGAAUCAGGCUGAAACAACAGCAACUGUCAUCUGAAGAACCCUCGGUUAAGCAGUUACAAAAGGGGAGAGUUUUUUUCGUUUUAAUCUAUCAGCGCUGGUUCAUGUUGACGGUCUGCGGGAUAGAGUUUGUCUGACGUCUCUUCGCUGUCCAUGGAUUAACCACAGGACCUGACUCCGAAACGCUGUCAUAUCAGCUACAGGGAAAUUGAGGAUCGGGCGCCUGCAUCGUUUGUCAAGUUUUGAAUUCAUUUUUGGAUCUUGUUUUCUGGUUUUAGGAGUCAGAGUCAACAUUUAAUUCGAAGAGAAACUGCUGGACACUUGUUGAAAUAGCGAAAACACUUUGGCCAACCUUUGCUCUGAGCUCCGCUAAUGUCAGAAGCGAGAUUUAGCCAAGGAGGCUAACAACUUUCUCUGACACCAGCCACAAACCGCUUGGCACCUAAUCCUUUCUGUUGCUCGUGUGUUGCAUGUUGACCAAAGUCGAGUGUCCGCAACGCGUUUGUCCGCGGUAUGGAGAUAUGACCGACUACAAUUAAGCUGACUUAGCUCGCUGUCUGAGCUGCAACGUUAUGUUUGUUAGCACUGACAGCUAACAGUGUCAACGCUACAUUCAAACAAGUGGUUCACUGCAAGUGUGUUAAUGUGAAAGUUGUUUCGUGCUUUUAACAACUUCUUUAUAAGGCGCCAUCACUCUAAGAAGUCAGUAUUUAUUUGGAAACACUUAUUUGCAUAACGUUAAUGUACCUGGCCUUUAAGGUAUAAUGUGCGAAGUUAUUUUUAAUAUUAAGAGCUGAAUUGUUAGCUUAGCUAAGUUAGCCCAUAUCUGGACUUACUUGGUAACUCAGGUUCGGAGUGUAAGUGAAACUACUUCUAGUCUAACUUGUCAGUAAUGUGCGCAGUGCUUUGAACCCUGAUGGGUUCCAUGAAGCCUUUAUCAAGUGACUUAAAGGAAUAAACUUUCAGCACUACCCCGCAUUUUUAAAGAGUAACUAAGUAGCUGAAGUUGUUCAACUGCGGCCCGCACAAUGUCCGGCUCCCCGGGCACAGGUGGCUCAAACCCCAGGAAGUUCAGUGAAAAGAUUGCGCUUCACAACCAGAAGCAAGCAGAAGAAACCCGGGCCUUUGAGCAGCUGAUGACAGACCUCACGGUUUCAAGGGUGCAGUUUCAAAAAGUCCAGCAGCUACGCUUGUCUCAGCCUCGGAUGCCAUAUUAUGGAGGUUCUCUGCCUAAUGUCAAUCAGAUUAGCAACUCAAACACAGAGUUUCAGAGUGGCUUCUCCUCUGGAUUGGACUCUGUCAGAGGAACUCGCCACCAUGGCCUGGUCGAAAGGGUUCACAGAGACCGCAAUCGGAUCAAUUCGCCCCAUCGUCGACCCGUUGACAAACACGGACGGCAAAUUGAAAGCUCCCCCUACGGAGCGGUUUACCUGUCCCCGCCUCCGGACAAUAACUGGAGAAGGGAACAGCUGCCAUGGACUGAGGAAAAACGGCCGGGGUUUAGAUUAUUAUCCCAACUCAACAGAACCAACUCCGACUCUGCUCUCCAUACAAGCGUCAUGAACCCAAACCCUCAGGACCCCUUUGGCAUGAACCAGCAGAUGGGUCGGGGUCCCCCUGAGCGUAAUGGUUGGCAUUCAGUUGGUGCAAAUGAAGCAGAAGUGGACGGCUCUGGAGACAUCUUCUCGUUUCCUGCCCUGAAUAAUGAGGAGGGUUUAAUCGGGGUCACUAAGCCACUUCCUAAGCAACUGUGGGAGGCCAAGAAGGUCCAGUCUCUGACAUCAAGGCCUAAAUCCUGUGAAGUGCCUGGAAUCAAUAUAUUCCCGUCUCCAGAGCAGAAUCCCACACUUUCUCACUACCAAGGAACGUUAAACACUGGUGGCUCGCUGCCUGACCUCAGCAACCUGCAGUUUACUUCCCCUCUUUCUACUCCACUGGACCCUGAGGACAAUGGAGGAUACCCCAACCUCAGUGGAGGCAACAGCACCGGAAACCUGCCCGCUGCUAUGAUGCAUCUGGGCAUUGGGAGCUCACAGGGACUCUCAUCUUCUCUCAGCAAUCCUUCAAUUCAAGCAUCUCUCAACAACUGCCAGCUGCAGUCAUCACUCAGUAAUCUUUCUAUCAACUCAUCUCUUCGUCUCUCCGGCAACUCUCCCCGGCGACGACCGGCUCCCAUCAGCCCCCUCACUCUGUCUCCAGGCUCCGAGCAGCGCAGGGGUCUGGCAAAACAGCUGUCCCCUACAAUGUCCCCAUCAUUGUCCCCCAUCACACAGGGUGUUGCCUUGGAUACCAGCAACAUGCCAAGGGAGCCGCCUCCACCAUAUCCGCUUUACCAACAAUCCCAGCAUGGAUUGGACCAAGGUCGACAAUGCCAGCAGCAGCAGCAACAGACACAACAGCAGCAACAGUCUCGUCAGCCCAUUUCCCCCCUUCAGGGCAUCCCACUGGAUUUUAAUACGGGCCAGGUUGGUACUCCAAGGGCUGCAUUUGAUUGGCCCAACAACAUGGCAGCACUCUUUAAUGACCCCUUCAUGGAAACUCAGUUCACUAAUCGCCAGAACAAGACUCUUCUCAAUCAGUUGGACCAGUUCAGUCUGUUGGAAAACACAAUGAGCUCCACAGCAGGAGGUUCUUGCUUCGACCCGUCCUCCUCCGCGCUCUACUACUCCCAGGCUGCUCUGGCAGGACUGGGCGGCAGCCACGGAAGUCUGCAGGACCCAAUGCACAUGAGGUCCAACAUGCUGUACUCCAACUGCAGCGGCAUGCUUCCAAACAUCAUUCUCACUGAUGACUCCAAUCCCAGUCUGUCAAAGGAUAUAAGCAGCGCACUCUCCAUGGUGCCUGAAUGUUUCGACCCAGAGGGAGGCUUCCCACUGGAGGAUGAGCUGCGCAUCGAGCCCCUCAGCCUGGAUGGUCUGAGCAUGCUCAGUGAUCCAGACAUGGUGCUACCAGACCCAUCUGUGGAGGACACGUUUCGCAAUGACAGACUCUGAAUGUGAAGAGAUUCACAGUUUUAUGAAAUAAAGGACACACAAACAUGUACACACAAACACGGAGUUGCCAACCUGAAUAUGCAUGCGUACAAUACUGUAUGUGUUGGGACACAAUGCAUACACACACUGCCACUAAGAUUAAGAAUGUGAAAGAUGUGAACACGGUGUCCACACUCAAGCGUACUUUUUGAGGAAAUGUACGGACGAACGCCUUUUACAUCUGCGUCACACAAAGCAAGUCUCACUGGAGCUCCAGCUUCUUUUAACAAAAAUGCUGUGGAGGCAUUUAAACCAGCUCUGGGAGCAGAAGCCUGUCUGCACCCCAACCAAAAAAAGACCAUGUUUGGUGCAAACAUGAGAGAGGAUAUAUGGACGAGCUCCUCCGGGUUUAUCUCACCAACAGUUCAAACCCUCCGCCCGAGUCCCUGACAUGGCAACCUCAUCGUCAUGGUUACACCAUAGCAACCUCUCUGCAGAGCUGAAGAGCAGCAGAAAUGCCAAUAUAGUUAACUUUUUCUCCGAUACUUCAGCAGAUGGGAUCUCAGAUAAGGCUCUGAGGCAGGGAAUGACGUGUGGAAAUGUAAAAAUACAAAAUGAAACGAAAACAUCUGGCAGCUUUGAGUAUCUUCAGGUGAAAUAAAAACCAGCCGUGGCCCGGCCAUAUCAAUCUGUCAGCAGUCGUGGAGAUUCAAGCCAUUGGACUCUGUUCUUUCUGAAAUCUAUUUGUAUCAUUUGAAAAUGUUUGCUACAAAGAUGAAAGACUGAUGAGAAUGUAUUUUGAAACCCAGACACAGAAGAGCAAAGUGUUUACAAAGAUGAGAUCUAACAAGUACAAUUUUACUCUAAUAUACAUUUUAGUUCAAAGUGUGAGAGGCGAGAGUUAAAAUUCUAAGAUGCAGUAAAUGAAUUUAUAUUUUUGUGUAAGCUCCUGCUUAUUUUGUCGCCGCUUUGUCAAAGCAUGUUUUCCUUUAGCAGAACAUUGACAGGACUGGGACAUAAAUUCCACUAUAAAAAAAACCCCAAAAAUAUUUUUGUUACUUCUGUGUACAUUCAGUGUAUUUGUAUUAUUUGACAUGUUUUGUACUGAUGUUUCUGGUCCUUUCUUAAAUAUUGUCUUGAAUAAGGGCAUGUGUUUUUGUUAAUGAAAUGUCAGCAAUUGUUUUUUUGUCUUUGUCUUACAAAGAAAAAAGCAGCCUCCCCGCUCUUACCCUUUACUGUGUCCAAACAGACAGUGAGCAGACUGGAUCACGUGGACAUGGACAUCAUGUAACGUUGCACUUAAUCUCUGUUUGCACUUUUUCCUAUAGGUUUGUAUUUUCUAAGCUAAUAUAUUUACAGGUAAUGAAUUUGAUACCUGACAACCCAAAGAGAUUAAAGGAAGCCAUUCAUGAUCAGAGCAAUUACACUUUUUUAUUUAUAAAAAACCAAACCACCAGCAGCAGGUGUGUAGUUGUGAGGUAAUUUGAUGUUGUGGUUUUACAGUUUCUGUUAAAGCCGACAGUUACAGUCGGUUAUGUAACCAGCUCAGACUUUUAGGGCGUUGAGUGCCCCCUAGUGUCUGUUUCUAUUAUGUUUUGCAAUCGCUUAUUUAAAAAAAUGCUAUGCAACUUUUUCCUUUCUAAAUGAGUUCAACCUGUGGAGCAGGUGUAUCUAAGCAGCAUGCAGUGUCACAUGACAUCAGGUUCAAUCUUGCUUAGUCAGGAUUAAAUUAGCCAGAAUCCCAAUUUUACAUGUGUCCAGUGUCCACAGAUGUGUAGCUGCUCAGUCAGUCAGAGGGAAAGCUGCAUCCAUCCCAUCUACACCCUUACAGGGUGAGGGUGAAUCCAGCACUGUCCUGUUUUAACCUUUUACCCCAGACUUUCAGUCUAUUGGUGUCGCUGAUGCACUGAGCAUCAUUAUGUCGGGUUAAAAAAAGAAGGGGAAAUGUGGAUAGUUUUAUGAUUUUUGUUUUACUUACAUCUGAGAGAUCUUUAUAAAUCUGAACUCUUGCUAACACUGUCAGUCAGUGGGGGUGGGUGGAGUCAGCUUUCAGUUUAAAGCUCUGUUGUUUAUAUUAUAAUACAUUUUGUGUUUGUUUUCCUCUCUCCUGCAGUUUUAACCUCUGCCCUCUGCUGCCUUACUUUGUCGUAUUGUGACGUAUACCUGUAUACUUCUGCCGUAACAUGUACCAACCUGUAGCUUUAGGUUUGUUAAGUUCUAACAGCCUGUGGUUGUUGGGUUUUUUUGUUUGUUUUUGUUUUGUUUUUUUGUUUGGGGCAAAGAUCUAUUAGAUAUUUUUGUUUGUUUUUAUCUUACUUUUUUUAGUUGCAUACUGAAAUGUACAGAUGCGUUAUUUAAAGAAUGAUUUUGUUCUUUAGUGUUACUACUUUAUGGUUUUGUAAUUUUUUUCGAAUCAAACUUUCAUAGUUUGUAUCCAAUGUCAUAGUACUUAUCCUCCGGAUUUAAUAUAAACAAUAAAACUAUUUACUGUGUCAACUUCA